GCAGACAGUUCAAUUCCAUACUGAAUCCGCAAGUCGGUCGAGCCAACAGUGGCAUUCUCUAUCUUUGCUCCUUCUUCUACUCGAGUGGCUCGCAAGCUACAGCCGCAAUGAUGCUCCCUUUUGUUCGUCGACUUCCUGGACAUCGGCGACGACCGCACCCGCGCAACGACGGGUCCAACAACUCACCGGACGAGGAUGGGCAGGGCGCCCCGGCAGAAGAUGAGACAUAUUACCCCAGCGGGUUCGAUGUGCUGAAGGUUCGGUAUCUACUGCAGCAUAUUUGGCAAUGGACAAGAGGCUCGCAAGAAUUGUUGCCAGUUGAGCUUGUGGAUAUGAUCGUGGAUACAGCCGAGUACUGGGCUUCGUCGGAGUCCGUCAUGGAAGGAGAGACUCUGAUCCGGAGGGAUCAGGAUCAGGUGCUUCUGACGACAUUGCCUUUGUGCUAUGAUGCGCAGACGUUGGACACGGCCUCUCCCAAACUGCUUCCAUACCGGUCUACUCACCCGUGCCGUAAGGUCAUCUUCACUAUUUCAUCCCACGACCAGGGCUGGGGAGGAGGGGCAGGCGAUAGAGGCCAGUACGCGGGCUCCUAUUCGUGGUUCGAUACCGAAAUCAUCCACUCAGCACAUCAGUCCUCACAGAACAGAGCCCCAAGCAAUCAACCUCAUCAACCAGAGGGUCCAUUUCACUUCGGACCGGACCAUCCUAACUUACUUCCAACUGCCCGGAAGCUACAGUCUAAUCGAACCGCCGUGUCACGCUCGCAAGUGCAUACCAUAGUCUGGCAUCAUCUAGACAACAUCGCUACAGACUCAGACGAGGCAGUAGAGAUCGAACGUGAUCAGGGACGAGGACGGGCCACACUGGAUGGGAGCCAAGUCCGUGCUCUCGAGGUUGGAGAUGCGAUUGCAAUCUGGGGACGAGCACGGUUUGCAGGGUGGGCGAACCAUGUGCAGCGCGUGUCGGUGCGAGUGUUUUGGGCGGUCUAAGCACCGUCCAUGGGACCAUAGGGACGUCGUAUACCUACGUAGCUAGAAGUUAGUUAACUAUGCCUCGAUGGCUAACUAAGCACCUAUAAUGCAUUGUUAUAAUCAGCAGACGUCUUAUCGUCGGGUGGAUGGUCGAUAAAGUCCCUGAGCCUGCCGAAUGCGG